AUGCGGUGCUUGUUCUUGCUCGUCGUCGCCGCGUCGAGCGCCGUCGCGUCGGCGCAGCAGAAGCUCACGAAGGUCGCGGCGAUCCAGAUGAGCAUGUCGACCAGCUUGGAAGCCAACGUGGACAAGGCCCUAAACCUCGUCGCCGAGGCGGCCGACGACGGCGCGAAGAUCAUCGUGCUGCCGGAGCUCUUCGCAGCUCGCUACUUCGCCAUCGAGGAGAAUCCCAAGUGGUACGCCAUCGCGGAGCCGCUGGCGAACAACAGCCGCUUGGACAAGUUCGCGGCUUUGGCGAAGGACCGCGGCGUCGUCGUGAUCUACCCGUUCUACGAGGUCGCGGCCAACGGCGCGACGCACUACGACAGCGCGGCGGUCAUCGACGCCGAUGGCACGGUGCUCGGCCCCUAUCGUAAGAGCCAGCUGCCCGAGGACGACGGCUGGUUCGAGAAGUACUACUUCGCGCCCGGCCAGACGGGCUUCGAGGUCUGGGACACGCAGCACGGCAAGGUGGGCGUCGCCAUCUGCUGGGACCAGUGGUUCCCGGAGACGCACCGCCUGUUGACGCUCGCGGGCGCCGAGGUCGCGGUGUUUCCGACGGCCAUCGGCUUCGGUCCCGUCGCGCGCUGGUACGAUCCCUGGCAGCUCGGGUCCUGGGUCGCGGCGCAGCAGGGCCAGUCCGUGGCCAACGGCCUGCCGUUGGUGGUGGCGAACCGCGUGGGCCUGGAGCCGUCGCCGGACCGCGAAGAUCGCACCAUCUCGUUCUGGGGCAACGCGUUCGUGACGUCCGCGGCCGGCGAGAUCGUCGCGCGCGGCGACAACGCCUCGGAGACCGUCGUGUCGGCCGUCGUCGACCUCGGACCGAACGUGAACCGCGACAUCUGGCUCCGGGACCGCCGCGUCGAUCUGUACGGCGGGCUG